AUUAACACACACUCCCUGCCCUGCCCCCUGAAGAACACAUGCAGGAGGUGGGGGAGCAUGGGUGGGUUUCCCCAAGUAUUUAAGCAGAUUCCAGCAGAUGGUCGAGGAACUUUCCUCCUAGAGUCACGUUGCUCUGUAUCUCCUUCACAGCGGACCUAACUACUUCUCCAUUUCUCUCCCUUUCCCUGCCAAAAAAUUAUCUUUCAACUCCUUGGGCAAGGAGUUUCUAACAAUCAGAGGGCCAAAGUGAAGUCUGCGAGUUUUUUCCAGACCCUUAAACCCAGUCUCUGUUGUCGCAGUUCCCCAAAGACCAGACUUUGCCUCUCUUUUUUUGUCCUCCCCACCCUCCCUCUACCGUUGGAUCAGACGUCCAGCUCCUUCACUCAGCGAGGACGGCGGAGCCAACCAUGCCUUCAGAUUUUCUAACGCCUUUCCUGGAUCUGGAUGAGUUCUGCAAGAAUUUCUGUGGCCUGGAGGCGACAGAUGGCUCAUUGAUCAGCUCACAGCACCAGCUGCAGGAGCACAGUCAAAGAGUCCUGGGCUUCCAGCGUCGCCAUUCUCUCUGCCCUGUGACCCUUCCCAACUCCAAGUUCAACAGCAGCAGCAGCAGCUGUGAGGUGACUGAGUCAACCUGCUGGGGGCUCAAUAUGGCCUCCAACCAGCAGUGGAGCAGGGAGGGUCAGCUUCCCCGCUCCUUGCUCAGCCACAUCCCCUUCAGGGUCGACCGCUCAGUCAGCAUGAUUGAGGGCAAUGUCUGCAGUUUGGGUUGCAGAGAGGACAGAAUGGCUCAUAUGUCCCCACCAGUGCCACUUCCUCCACCAAGCCUGUGCAUCAGUAACACCUCUCUGUCCUCCACUGCUUUCUCCUCUGCCUCCAGACCCCCGGCCCCCUCACCUCACAUCUCCACCAGGUACAAGACCGAACUCUGCCGCACCUAUGAGGAAAGUGGGGCAUGCAAGUACGGCGCCAAGUGCCAGUUUGCCCAUGGCUUAGACGAGCUGAGAGGCCUCAGUAGGCACCCCAAAAACAAGACGGAGCCUUGCCGCACUGAUGAGAUUCACGCUGGCAGUGCUUCUGUACCACCACAGAAACAAAAAGUGAGGCCUCCUCUGCUGCGUCACAGCCUGAGCUUUGCUGGCUUCUCCUCCUUGCCACAGACUUUUCAACCAGUUGAGCAGAUACAGCCGUCCUCCCUCCUCUUCACCCGGGCCUCCUCUGUCUCCCCUCCUCCAUCCUCUGCAGGGAGCCCAGAGCUCCUCUCUCCUCUCUUCCCUGAGCCGGGGGCACUGAAGCAUUGCUCCUACCCCUUCUCUGGCAUGACUGACCUGGCAGGCGGCAGCAGUGAUUCAGCUCUUCGUUUCUAUCCUGUGACCGAUUCUGUCAGCGUCAAGUCUACCCCCUCCACCUUCAUCUCCACAAACUCCAGCCUGCCUUACAACCUCCCCCAGAAGCUGCCGGUCUCCCUGAGCAGCCUCCCUGGCCUUCAGCGUUGUUCCUCAGCUGACUCCCUCUCUGAGGAAGGCUACACCUCCUCCUGCUCCCUCAGCUCUUCCUCCAGCGGCACAGAGUCUCCGAGCUUUGAGGGCAGACGCUUGCCCAUCUUUAGCCGCCUGUCUGUUUCAGAUGAGUAGGGAAGGGUUUUACUGAAGGGCUGAAUUUAAUCAGGGAUAGAUGGUCUAAUUGUUUUAACUUUGUGUGACCAGGAUCCGAUGAUGGUUUUUGCACACGGUCAAAAAACACAAGAGCAGCUUUGACGCAUGUAGUCUGUCUGCAUGAUUUAGAGUCUAACAAUAGCAGAAAAUGAUCAAAGCUGGUUAAAACACAUGAAGUUCAUAUACAAGUCACAAAGGAUUAAAACGUUAGGUUUUCAGUCCCUCCCUAAAUGCAGCCAGGUAAACGUACCUAACUUUGUGCAUAUUGCAUUUCUCAUCCAAGCAGUUGUACCGCUGCUCAGUGUUCGUCCAGUUUUAGCUGACUUCUCUUUUUGUUUUUUGUUUCUUUUGGUAAUUUUGUACGUUUUUUAUGCCAUUGUUACUGCUGUAUACUGUUGUAUACCCAUUCUUAGAGAAUCCUCAGAGGGUGCUUGUUUUUCCUGCGUAGUGGGAAGUUCUGUGUGAGAAUUUCCUUUACCCCGACUGAAGAGAGAUUUUGAGAUGCUGUUUGCCCUAUGUAUGACCAGUGUGCUCAUCCACUUUUCUAAUACAGCAGUGAUGUUUCUUACGGAUCUUGUUAUUCAUACUAGUCAUUACAAACCGUUUCAGUGAUGGCAGCCUGCAUCACUUCUCCAGUCAUAUUUCAAGCUCUCCAACUGUAUGAAAUGAACCUUUUGUCCCUGAGUAAGAGGGUUAAAUAACUGUAUGGUCACUGAUUGAUUGAUUAAGUAACCGGUUGCAUGGCUGUGGCCAUGAUUGAUUGUAUUUGUUCGCCAUUUUAACUGCCUGGCAAGGAUUCAGUUAAACCGCCUUAGCAAACCCAUGGUCUAGUUACCAAAGUCAAUGUUAGCAUUACCCUGUUACUCCAGCCUU